AUGGCAUCUCCAAUAUUGAUAUCCAACCCACCACCAGGGUUCUCGAUCUUGGCUAUAGUCAGAGGGUUUCAGUUGGCGAUCUUGGGUGCCUACAGAACCCUCCAGAACCCAUCGUUGCUCACGCAGCGAUUUUAUCGUCAAUCACUAAUCGCCAUUCAGGCUUCCAUCGUUAUCCAGGGGCUCAUCUGGUCGCCCAUCAUCUUUCUUCGAGUGCUUUUGAAACUUGUGGCAGUAGCUACCAAGUCCAGAGGGCUCGACCAUAUCGUGCACAGCCUAAAGUCGUUCCAGUUCAACGUGCUCAAUAUCUCGGUGUUCUUGAUUUCUGGUUCUCGCUUCUUUUCCAAGCAACUUGAUGAUUUGUUUUUGCAGAGCUUGAAGUUCAUUGACGAGACCCACUUGUCCAAACACCCGCAGUCAGAUCGCUUAUACCACGAAAACUUAGUGGCACUCAGCACGGAGGAGAAAAUAGUAGAUGAUCGCCCUACUAUUCAAGGUAUCAAGAAGAAGUGGGCUACAUCCCAGGAAUUUUCAACAUUCAUGCGCAGGCAUAUCAAUAGAACUCUCAUGAGUAUCGGAGUUUACUUCUUGAGUAAGGUACCUUUUUUUGGACCAGUAAUUCUCGGUCUUGUGUCCUACCUGAACUUAGACAGCAAAAUAGGAACCAUGAACGCCGCUGUUAUAUUCGGCGUGUUGCAAUUGGUCCCCAAGAGAUGGGCCGUUCUCUUUCUCACAACAUAUUGGGGUUCACGAAGCAUGACACAUGACUUAUUAGCCCCCUACUUUUCACGCGUACGGUUUACGAAAUCAGAGAAAGAUCAGUGGAUUAGGUCAAGAGAAGGGCUUCUUUUUGGUUUUGGCCUUUGUCAUUAUCUUAUCAUUCGCCGCCUUCCAUGGGUCGGCCUUCUCCUAUAUGGAUUCGCUGAGUCUUCUGUAGCAUAUCUCGUCACAAAAGUCUCCGAUCCCCCUCCAAGACAAAUUAGUCAACUUGUCAAGUGGAAUUCAUCUCAGUUGGUUUGGAACAGGGAAAAGGAACUUGACCUUCUAUCAGGCAGUUUCGUAGACAAGGAUGAAGGGUUUCAGCCUGUGCCUGGAUCGUACAUCUUUCAGCAUUAA